GCCAGACGGGACAAAGGCGAGGAGCCGAGGUCCUGGGCUUAUUUUUACUGGAGUAUUUCGUAUGCGUAUGCGAGUACAAGCUGGGGUGCGUUCCUAGGGUAGGAAAAGAUGAGUGCAAUCAAUGGUGAGCCGGACCGGAUGGUGAGACCAUGCGGUAUGGAAAUACCAGCGACAUCGGUCUUUGUCUUCCGCCGCAGCCCUUCACCGUCAGCACCCGCUCCAAGCCGAUAAUGUCUACUGAAGAGUCCACUGAAGAGUCCACCGAGGAAUGCGUAGCGGCCCAGUGGGGUCCGGGGGUUGGGCGAGGGAUUUGUAACAGAGGGACAUGCGACGAAGGGACAUGCGACGGAGGCACUGAACAAUGGCAUCAUGCAUGGGCUUGGCUUGGUCUGGCGCUGUGGGAGGAGGGGAGGAGAGGGGAGGGGGACGGCAUCGUGCCAUGGGCUCUCCCAUCAGAUCAGUUCAGUUCCAUGUGGCGGCUGAUGAUGGACAUGGAGAUGGAUUAUGGAUACCGGUACCAUCGACGGUGGCAUGGACCAUCCGGCCUGUUUGCCCGAGAAAUGGAGGGUUGCGGCCACCGCCGCACAGUCCACCGCGUCUUAACCUCGGUGAAACCGACCUGGAUGAAGCCGGGGAUGAGGUACGGGGUCGGAAAAAGAGCAGCCAGUGACCGGGUUGCUCAGCGUCGCGACAAGUGGGCUUUGCUCAGACCCUUCUUGGGUGAGGGGCAGGUGAGCGAUGCCGACCUCACAAUGGAGAUUACUGGUGGGAGACCGGGAGGGUUGGGUCUAGUCGCCUCAAGCGGUGGUGGCGGCGGCGUGCAAAUGAACAAGGUUGGAAGCGUAACUAAAGAAGCGAGGGGGUUGCUCGUUGCAAAGGAUGGAGAACAAAGAGGAAGACGAAAAAGAGAAGGGACGGAAAGGCAGACGGAUACUGGAGGGCGAGGCAUUGCAAGCCAUGCCAUGCUCCGGUUCUUCUGUCGCCCUGGCCACCGCAUCUGUCACAAACAAAGCCUCCAUCGUUCGCUUGCUUUGCUUGUUGCUUUUGCUUUUUUUUCUUGA